GUGUAUUCAUGGGGAUGGACCUGCGUUGCCAGGUGAACAACCAUGCCCAUCGUACAGAGGAGAUGGACCUGGAAAGGCUGCUGGUUCGUAGGGGGCAGCCCUUCUCCCUCGCUCUGCAGUGCUCCACACCCCUGCCACCUAAACACAAACUAGCCAUGAUCCUGCAUCUGGGUGAGCAACUCAAGGCCAAGGACCAUAAGCUCGAGUCAGCUAUAGAGUGGAUACUAUUGCACAGUGGGAGGAGGAAUCAGUUAUGAUUGACAGAUAUAAAACGAAAAUGGUCUGGUAAAACAGCUUUGACUGACAGUAUAUGUGUUUUUGUUUGUUUGCGUGUUUAGGUAAGGAGGGUGAGGUGGUGGUGAAGGUUUUGGAUGCCCGUGCUGACCGUGACAAGUGGUGGUUCCGCCACCAGAGGGCUCAGAAUGAGGUGCUGCUGACAGUCCACAGCCCAGCAGACACCCCUGUGGGACUCUACAGCAUGACAUUGCUGCUCCUCUCCCCUGAUGGACACAGCCUGGAGCAGACCACACCAGAGACGUUCUACCUGCUCUUCAAUCCCUGGUGCAAAGGUGAGCUCCGACACAUAAACACACAUGCACAAAUUAGUAGAAUCAGUUGAAACUGCCCUGUUUUAUUUGCUCUUUUGGUGAACCAAUAAGGGCUCAGGAAGGUGUCAUCGGUAUUCAUUACUUUUGCACUCUUAGUAGGUCAGAGUCAGGGGACUCAACUUCUACUUAGGUUGUGUGUUUGUCUCAGUCUGUCUCCCCCUGUGUUUACUUUUAAAUAAGUUUAAGCUAAACAUGAAAUGAUUAGAAGGGAUAGAGAAAUGUCAAAGUUGGUGAAGAGAUUGCUGAUAUGAAAGCUGUCAGUUGUGUGAUACAAUAUCACUACAAUAUGAAUGCUGUUGCCACAUAUGUUUUGUCAUUGUCUUCCCUCUGCUGGGUCUUUGUUUUUCUCCCUCCCAGCUGACUCUGUGUACCUCCCUGAUGAGGAGCUGCUAGAGGAGUACAUCCUGAAUGAAAAUGGCCUCCUUUACCAGGGCUCCUGGGACCAGAUCUCCUCACUGCCCUGGAACUUUGGACAGGUAGCAAACAGCACACCUCUGAAGGAUGGACAGCUAAUCCACCUGAGACAGAAUGGAUAUAUAUAGAGAGAGCGCUUCAAAUCUUUUGAUCACAACCCAUCGAUCCAUUGAGAACAAGAACUCAGUGAUGUGUAGCCUAAAUCACAGUUCUAGCUGAGGCGUUUUCAAACAGAAAGAUAAACAACGGGUGGGAGGGUGUUGGCAGCCAGUGGUUUCUGGCAAGUCUGAUGGCUUGAUAGUGGCCUGUGUGAAUUGUCACAGCUUGAUGGCAUUGGAGACACAGUGCCCUAGCUGGCUGAGGAAAUGUCUUUGGUGGAUGUAAGGCAUUUCUACCCUGUCUAUGUGAAAAUCCAGGGUUUGUCUCAUCUCAGAGAGAGAGAGACACAGAGAGAGACAUAGUCACAUAGACAUUGAGACAGACGGACAGACAGCCUGCAUGGCUGAUUGUCUCCAUCUAGUGAGGAGGAAAGUACAUAUUCACAGUCACAAUCACCAACUGUAUGUACAGUCGUGGUCAAACGUUUUGAGAAUGACACAAGUAUUGGUCUUCACAAAGUUUGCUGCUUCAGUGUUAUGAUAUAUUUUUGUCAGAUGUUACUAUAGUAUACUGAAGUAUAAUUACAAGCAUUCCAUAAGUGUCAAAGGCUUUUAUUGACAAUUACAUUAUGUUUAUGCAAAGAGUCAAUAUUUGCAGUGUUGACCCUUCUUUUUCAAGACCUCUGCAAUCCGCCCUGGCAUGCUGUCAAUUAACUUCUGAGCCACAUCCUGACUGAUGGCAGCCCAUUCUUGCAUAAUCAAUGCUUGGAGUUUGUCAGAAUUUGUGGGUUUUUGUUUGUCCACCCGCCUCUUGAGUAUCGACCACAAGUUCUCAAUGGGAUUAAGGUCUGGGGAGUUUCCUGGCCAUGGACCCAAAAUGUCGAUGUUUGUUCCCCGAGCCACUUAGUUAUCACUUUUGCCUUAUGGCAAGGUGCUCCAUCAUGCUGGAAAGGGCAUUGGUCGUCACCAAACUGUUCUUGGAUGGUUGGGAGAAGUUGCUCUCAGAGGAUGUGUUGGUACCAUUCUUUAUUCAUGGCUGUGUUCUUAGGCAAAAUUGUGAGUGAGCCCACUCCCUUGGCUGAGAAGCAACCCCACACAUGAAUGGUCUCAGGAUGCUUUACUGUUGGCAUGACACAGGACUGAUGGUAGCGCUCACCUUGUCUUCUCCGGACAAAGUGUUUUCCGGCUGCCCCAAACAAUCGAAAAGGGGAUUCAUCAGAGAAAAUGACUUUACCCCAGUCCUCAGCAGUCCAAUCCCUGUACCUUUUGCAGAAUCUCAGUCUGUCUCUUAUGUUUUUCCUGGAGAGAAGUGGCUUCUUUGCUGCCCUUCUUGACACCAGGCCAUCCUCCAAAAGUCUUUGCCUCACUGUGCGUGCAGAUGCACUCACACCUGCCUGCUGCCAUUCCUGAGCAAGCUCUGCACUGGUGGUGCCCCGAUCCCGCAGCUGAAUCAACUUUAGGAGACUGUCCUGGCGCUUGCUGGACUUUCUUGGGCGCCCUGACGCCUUCUUCACAACAAUUGAACCUCUCUCCUUGAAGUUCUUGAUGAUCCGAUAAAUGUUUGAUUUAGGUGCAAUCUUACUAGCAGCAAUUGUGCAAAGCAAUGAUGACGCCACGUGUUUCCUUGCAGGUAACCAUGGUUAACAGAGGAAGAACAAUGAUUUCAAGCACCAUCCUCCUUUUAAAGCUUCCAGUCUGUUAUUCUAACUCAAUCAGCAUGACAGAGUGAUCUCCAGCCUUGUCCUCAUCAACACCCUCACCUGUGUUAACGAGAGAAUCACUGACAUGAUGGCAGCUGGUCCUUUUGUGGCAGGGCUGAAAUGCAGUGGAAAAGUGUUUUGGGGAUUAAGUUCAUUUUCAUGGCAAAGAGGGACUUUGCAAUUAAUUGCAAUUCAUCUGAUCACUCUUCAUGACAUUCUGGAGUACAUGGAAAUUGCCAUCAUCAAAACUGAGGCAGCAGACUUUGUGAAAAUUAGUAUUUGUGUCAUUCUCAAAACUUUUGACCACGACUGUAUGUAUUGUUAACACUGGUUUGAGAUUUGCAUACCUCAUCAUGACCUCAAUGUGUUCUCAUAAUAUUUUAACAUAUAAUCCCACAUCAUUUUUCAUAGUUUGAACAAGAUGUGGUGGACAUCUGUUUUGAAAUCCUGAACAAUUCACCUGCUGCACUGAAAACCCCAGAGAUUGACACAGCCAACCGAGCAGACCCAGUGUACGUGAGCAGGACAAUUACUGCAAUGGUAAGGUUCACCAUAUACCGUCAUUAUUUCUACAUCUAGGGGAAUAGUUAUAAUCUCACAGUAAUUAACUUACUUCCUCUACAUCUGUGCAGGUGAACGCUAAUGAUGACCGUGGCGUGGUGUCGGGCCGCUGGGACGGGAAGUACGAUGAUGGAGUGCCACCCACACGCUGGACCGGCAGUGUGGCCAUCCUCAGGCGAUGGAGCGAGGCCGGGGCACAGAGGGUGCGAUACGGACAGUGCUGGGUGUUCUCAGGUGUAGCCUGCACAGGUGAGGCGCACAUAUAGUGCCUGACACAGGAUGGCUCUUUCUUUUUUCAACUACUAAUUUCUGGCUCUUUCUUUAACCUUUCAUUAGGGCUCCAGUAAUAUUCAGCUCUGUAAUUCUAGACAGACUAUAUGCUGUUUGCUGAUUGGCUCCUUUCUCUCACCCAUCCCACAGUUCUUCGCUGUCUGGGCAUACCUACUCGCCCUGUUACAAACUACUCCUCUGCCCACGACACUGAUGGCAACCUGAAUGUGGACUAUCUGUACGACGAGCAGUUGGAGAGUGUGUCUGAAGGCAGGAAGGACAUGAUCUGGUAAAGCUCAAAAGCUACAUUUCUUUCUCUUGACAAAGUCAUCAUUUUCAUCCGUUUUUUUUUCUAGUGGCCUCCCUCACAUCAAUACUGUAAAUGCUUUGUGUGUGUAGGAACUACCAUUGCUGGGUGGAGUCCUGGAUGGACAGGGAGGAUCUUCCUAAAGGCUAUGAUGGGUGGCAGGCUCUGGAUCCCACCCCACAGGAGAGGAGUGAUGGUACUUGCUAUUCAUGAUCAGUCUGUCUCACUAAGGAAAAGCUCCUUUAAAGCUCUUUAUUAUAUAUAGUACCAGUAAAAAGUUUGGACACACCUCCAGGAUGUUUCUUUAUUUUUUUACUAUUUUCUACAUUGUAGAAUAAUAGUGAAGACAUCAAAACUAUGAAAUAACACAUAUGGAAUCAUGUAGUAACCAAAAAAAGUGUUAAACAAAUCAAAAUAUAUUUUAUAUUUGAGAUGCUUCAAAGUAGCCACCCUUUGCCUUGAUGACAGCUUUGCAUACUCUAGGCAUUCGCUCAACCAGCUUCAUGGGGUAGUCACCUGGAAUGUAUUUCAAUUAACAGGUGUGCCUUAAAAGUUAAUUUGUGGAAUUUCUUUCCUUCUUGAGCCAAUCAGUUGUGUUGUGACAAGGUAUACAGAAGAUAGCCCUAUUUGGCAAAAGACCAAGUCCAUAUUAUGGCAAGAACAGCUCAAAUAAGCAAAGAGAAACGACAGUCCAUCAUUACUUUAAGACAUGAAGGUCAGUCAAUACGGAGAAUUUCAAGAACUUUGAAAGUUGUCGCAAAAAUCAUCAAGCGCUAUGAUGAAACUGUCUCUCAUGAGGACCGCCACAGGAAAGGAAGACCCAGAGUUACCUCUGCUGCAGAGGAAAAGUUCAAAUAAAUACUUCAAAUAAAUGCUUCACAGAGUUCAAGUAACAGACACAUCUCAACAUCAACUGUUCAGAGGAGACUGCGUGAAUCAGGCCUUCAUGGUCAAAUUGCUGCAAAGAAACCACUACUAAAGGACACCAAUAAGAAGAAGAGACUUGCUUGGACCAAGAAACACGAGCAAUGGACUUUAGAUGGGUGGAAAUCUAUCCUUUGGUCUGAUGAGUCCAGAUUUGAGAUUUUUUUUUCUAACCGACGUGUCUUUGUGAGACGCAGAAUAGGUGAACGGAUGAUCUCCGCACAUGUGUGGUUCCCACUGUGAAGCAUGGAGGAGGAGGUGUGAUGGUGUGGGGUUGCUUUGCUGGUGACACUGUCAGUGAUUUAUUUAGAAUUCAAGGCACAUUUAACCAGCAAAGCUACAACACUAUUCUGCAGCGAUACGCCAUCCCAUCUGGUUUGCGCUUAGUGGUACUAUCAUUUGUUUUUCAACAGGACAAUGACCCAAAACACACCUCCAGACUGUGUAAGGGCUAUUUGACCAAUGAGAGUGAUGGAGUGCUGCAUCAGAUGACCUGGCCUCCACAAUCACCCGACCUCAACCCAAUUGAGAUGGUUUGGGAUGAGUUGGACCGCAGAGUGAAGGAAAAGCAGCCAACAAGUGCUCAGCAUAUGUGGGAACUCCUUCAAGACUGUUGGAAAAGCAUUCCUCAUGAAACUGGUUGAGAGAAUGGCAAGAGUGUGCAAAGCUGUCAUCAAGGCAAAGGGUGGCUACUUUGAAGAAUCUAAAAUCUUACAUAUCUUUUGAUUUGUUUAACACUUUUUUGGUUACUACAUGAUUCCAUAUGUGUUCUUUCAUAGUUUUGAUGUCUUCACUAUUAUUCUACAAUGUAGAAAAUAGUUAAAAUAAAGAAAAACCAUUGAAUGAGUAAGUGUGUCCAAAGUUUUGACUGGUACUGUACAUUUUAGAUAAUAUUUUUGUAAUAUGUUACUUGUGCUCUUCACAACCUCACUCUUCAAAUCACCCCAUCCUCCCUCUAUAUUUUCCUUGUCUCUCAGGGGUGUACUGUUGUGGGCCCUGUCCAGUGAAGGCAGUGAGGGAUGGUGAUGUGGGGAUGAAGUAUGAUGCAUCGUUCGUGUUCUCUGAGGUGAACGCAGACCUGGUCACCUGGAUCGUCUACCCAGAUGGCCAACGCUCACAGGUUUCCCUCAACCAGAAGACUGUAGGCCAAAACAUCAGCACCAAGAGUGUGUAUGGAGACUACAGAGAGGACAUCACUAAACAUUACAAAUACCCUGAAGGUAUUCACUUCCUUCCUUCCGUUAAGCACAGAUAACACAAAUAUUCACACAUGCAUAAAUAUUAGCACAGAUGGGUACCGAACAGAAAGAGUACAGUACUGUUACACACAACAAAUACCUCAAGGGAAGGGUGUUACUAUAUACACACUCAUACCACAUGAACACACAGUUUAUAUAACAAUAUGACAUCCUCCUUUCUUUCAAGCAGGUUCAGAGAAGGAGCGUGAGGUGUAUGAGAAGGCAGGACGGCGGGUAACACAGCUGAAUAGAGGACCAGGGCAGCUGGAGAUGAAGAUCAAACACGCCCAGGCUAUCCUGGGUACAGACUUUGAUGUGAUAGUGGAGGUGCACAACGUGGGUGGGGAGGACACCCCAGCCCAGCUUACUGUGACCUCCAACGCUAUCACUUACAACAGCCUUCACCGGGGGGAGUGCCAGAGGAGGACUGCCAGCCUGACCGUACCAGCCCAGAAAGGUGGGCCUCCACUGCCCCCCCCCCACACACACAAAAAAAGUUUAUGUUGUAUUGUCACAUACACCUGAUAGGUGCAGUAGGCGAGAGGUGCAGUAGGCGAGAGGAAUCAAGACUCAUGAAUCAUGACGGAACACUUGGAACUGGUGUCAGUCCCUGUGUUAGAUUUGUUUUUUGACUUGCACUGACCUACAACAUCCCUGGUGUUCUUGAAUUUUUAGGAACCGAAUAAACAGAGCAAAAAAUACCAGAGAAGUGAAAAGACAAUACAAUAACAUACUUUUUCCUCUCAUCCCUAUUAUUCUCACAGCUCAUAAGGAAGUGAUGCGUCUACGGUACGAUCACUACGGGGCCUGUGUGUCUGAGCAUAACCUGAUCAGGGUCACAGCACUGCUCCAGGCCAGCGGCCAGCCUGAUGUCAUUCUGCAAGAGGUCAACAUCCCACUAAGCAUGCCACAGCUCCAUGUCAAGGUACUGGGCUAUACUGUAUGGAACUAUAAAUAGCUGGUGAAUAAUUGCUUGAUGAAUUGAGUGCUACUGUUUGCACUUUGCACAAUUCUCAAGAUUGGCCAUUUCCGGAGGGAAUGCAGUUGAAAUAUGCUGUAGGGGUUAAUUUUGGAUAUACUGAAAUAAUCCUUUCUGAUUAUGCCUGCACUGUCCAUUUUCUUGCUUCAGGUAGUGGGAGAUGCGGUUGUAUCUCGGAAAUUAAUUGCACACAUCAGCUUCACCAAUCCCCUGCCUAUAACCCUGAGAGGGGGUGUGUUCACAGUGGAGGGGGCAGGUCUGACUGCGCCACGGGAGCUCCAAGCACCGUAAGUAUCUCUGUGUGUUGUAUGUGAUAGGGAAUACAUUCUUCAUUGACUGUAUGACUUGUAGCAUGUUUGACAAUAAGUGUUUUCAAAGAGAAUGUUACAUCAGUAUUACAGCCACGUUAUUACUUUAAGUAUAGAGGUGUAAAGUGCUAUUGAAGCACAGAAGUUGACUCUGAUGUUUUGCUUAAAUGCAGCAAAUCUAUAUGGAUGAAAUGUUGCCAACUGUCAUGUUUGCUAUCAGUCUAGCUAUGAUUGUGGGUUUAUCCAUGAGCAAUGAGUGAGACAUGGCAGCAUGAGUUUGAACAGUGAUCUACUUACUAUAUGUAGACCUGAAACUGUUUAAAGCACAGGGCUCUUUAAAGAUCCCACACCCUGUGCAGCAGCAGAUUUAUGAUAGCAGCUCAGAGAGCUCUUGGCUGCCACGGUCAAUUCCUCAGCAAGGACAUAGCCUGACCACAUUGCAAGAGUACAAAUAAUAUGAUCUGCUUUUCUCUCGCUCCACCUCCCCCAAAGACAAAGAGAGAGCCAGACAUACCUCCUUAUCCCAGGCCAAAGACGACUAACCUACCAGCCCAGCGUGGCACUCCAGGACCACAAGCCAAAUGUUACCACACAUAACCUCCAACAGGAGACGCCAGUGUAAACAUAGGCCCUCAGACUAAACACAGGAUAAUUUCUCUGCCCGUCAUUGACGUGAGGCUGGGGUAAAUGUAACAUUCUUUGAAUGGUAUUACGUUCAGGCUGUGAUUUAUUAUUAAAUCAUGAUCCAGAUUGUUGUGCUAAGAAAGAACCAAACAAAAAACAUCAUGCUUGCUGGAUGGACCUAGCCUACCUCAUCUUUUGGUCAGUCAUCUCAUAUAGCUCAAGUGUGAAAUAAAACAUCAGGUUUGACAUGUUUGAUAAACAACCCAAGCUAUUUCUAAUACUCUCAUUGACCACAGCAGGAGACCUCCAGUUAAUGGCCUGAAUGAAUGUCAAUAUUUGAGAUCUGAACAACCAUUUACAUUAGAGGAUCAGAUCAAGGCUGAGUUAAGAGAACCAUGCUUCAAAUAAAAUCAAAUUGUAUUUGUCACAUGCGCCGAAUACAACAGGUGUAGAACUUACAGUUAAAUGCUUACUUACAAGCCCUUAACCAACAAUGCAGUUUUAAGAAAAAUAAGUGUUAAGAAAACAUUUGUAUUUUCUCCUACAGAGGUGACAUUGGCCCAGGUCAAGAGGUGAAGGUCAAGUUGUCCUUUAAGCCCACCCGCGCUGGCCUGAGAAAACUGAUGGUCGACUUUGAUGCAGACAGACUGAGAGAUGUUAAGGGCAUUGCCACUUUGAUUGUGCGAAACAAAUUAACUGUGAAU